AUGGUGGGGGAUUUGAAACCCUUUAUUCUUUGUAUCCAGGAGACGAAAUUGCAAAAUUGUGAUGAUUUGCUUUGUAAGACUCUCUGGGGUAGUUCAUCUCUCGGGUUCUCUUAUCGUCCAUCGGUUGGGGCGUCAGGAGGGCUUUUAACGCUGUGGGAUUCUUCUGAGGUGGAGGUUUGGUCGACUGAGAGUCGAGAGCAUGUUCUGUGGUGUCACGGUCGGUUUUCUAGGACGGGGGACGAAUUUCAUGUGGCAAAUGUCUACGCGCCUUGUGAUGAUGGGGCUAAGCAAGUUUUGUGGGAUUCUCUCUCGGUGCGUCUCGAUUUGCUGGUGGGUAAAAAGGUGUGCGUGUGUGGGGAUUUUAAUGCUGUCAAACACCUUGAUGAAAGAAGGUCGGUUAGGAACGGGCAUCGAUUUUCGGAUCAUAUCCCGUUUAAUCGAUUUAUUGAAGAUAACUCUUUGAUAGAUCUUCCCUUAAUUGGACGUAAGUUUACGUGGUUCAAAGGGGAUGGUUCCUCGAUGAGCCGUCUUGACAGAUUUCUUCUCUCGGAGGAGUGGUGCUUGACGUGGCCUAAUUGCAAGCAAGUAGCCAAGCUGAGGGGUUUGUCAGACCAUUGCCCUCUGGUCUUGUCUGCAAACGAGGAAGAUUGGGGACCUCGUCCUUCGAGGAUGCUUAAGUGUUGGAAGGAUAUUCCCGGUUACAAUACGUUUGUUAGAGAAAAGUGGAACUCGUUUCAGGUUGAUGGUUGGGGUGGAUAUGUGCUUAAGGAAAAAUUCAAGAUGAUAAAGGAGGCCCUGAGAGAGUGGCAUACGUCUCAUGCUCAAAAUCUUCCUAGUCGCAUUGAUACUCUGAAGGUCAGGCUUUCAGCUCUUGAUGAGAAGGGGGAGGAUGAUGAACUUUCUGAGGCGGAAUUAGCUGAGCUUCAUGGAGUUUCGUAUGAUAUUCUUUCGCUUUCUAAGCUGCAUGCCAGCAUCAGUUGGCAACAAUCUCGGUCGUUGUGGCUCAAGGAAGGGGAUGCUAAUUCUAAGUACUUUCAUUCGGUUUUGGCAAACCGCCGCCGAAGGAAUGCUUUGUCCGUUAUUCAGGUCGAUGGUGUAAUGCUAGAAGGCGUGUGUCCGAUUAGGCAGGCGGUGUUUACUCAUUUUGAGUCUCACUUUAAGGCACCUUUUGUGGAGAGACCUGGGUUAUAA